AAGGCUCCAGCUUUUCAUGGCAUUGCCAUAAAGACAGAAUGAAGCAUAAGUACUUUGCAUAUGCUUUGUGUCCAGUUGCACUAAUCGCAGUGCACAGUCCAGCAUAGAGAGCCUUUCUUCGAAUGAGAUGCCAGUGCGCUGUGAAAAGGUGGACACCUACUGGCUAACCGAGAGUUCGAAGACUCCUGUGGUCAUCUAUGAGCUUUGCAACUUCACUUCGAGGCCUUGCAUCCAGGCUAGUCGUGGACCGUGGCUGCUGGCAGUCCAUUUUGCAGCAGUCCUUGGACUAGAUGUGCGUUUAACAGCCGCCAAUGCAAACAAGCUUAUAGGCCUCCAGCCUCUGUCACACUUUGCGCCGUACCGAAUCGGAGCAGACGGACGAGAUGAUGUUGUUGCUGAGCGCUCGUUGGGCCUGUGCAAAUACUUGGACCAUGUUUUGAAGGUCACAGAGAGUCCAGCACCCAAGGAGCUGGUCUCAAUAGUGGAUGACUUCGUGUCUGUGUACUGGACAGGCAACAUCCAGCGCACUUUGCGAUCAGCAAUACCUUCUCCAGCUUUCGAGGCUUGCGCGGAGAGGAGUCAGGCGAGUCAAGAUGGAGCAAUCUCUGAUUUCUCAGGCAGAGUGAGACCUGGGCAGAUGAUGCUAGAUACACCCUCACCGCCGCCGAAAGCAAAUUUGAGGCUGAGAUCGCUGCAGGCUCCUUUGGGCGCUGCUCCUGCUGCUCGGGCCCACGCCAAGUUCUUCUUGGAAGCGGUCCCCCCCGCAGAGGCUGGGCGUGACUCCUGUUGGCUUUGCAGGCGCCGCCUCAAGCAAACUGAGACUGGUUGCGUAAGGCUGCGAACGUGCGGACAUGAACUACACGCCUCUUGUUUCAACGCUUUGAUGAGUGGCUGUGAUAAGUUCCCAGGAGUGUCAAGGACAGCUUGCCCAAAGUGCGGCGAGUCUUGGAACAGGUCAGUGUUGUGUGGCCAGAGCCGUGGUCAACGUGAUCGUCAGGCGAUGGUGGAUCGAGAACAACUCUCCACAUUGCUCGGGUUGGGAAUGACUUCAAAAGGUAUUUGGGGAGCACGCCGACUUGGAUGAGAAAGGGUUUCAAGUGCAAUAGGCAGGUCGCCAGCUCAAAAGCUGGGCCGUGCGACUGCCCUUGAAAAGAGAAGGGAGGGGCGUUCUAUUUUGCUGAUCCAUUCGCCCUGUCUUUCGAUACUACACACCUCCACUUGUUUUUUGUUCUGUUCAGGUUGCCUUUUUGCUUGAACCCGGCAGGUUGAAAUUUGGAUGUAGACUCGUGUGUUUUGGUGCAGCAGUCGUUGGUGCGCGGUACACGAUACCUACGUUUUAUGCUCAUUUUUGAUCCCGGUACCAUUGUUUCAUGUGGGGUUCGCAGUGGGUUUCGGCAAAGUGAAGCUUUGGCUUCAACGCGGUUGUCCUUUUUUCUUCGAGGGACAGGAUUCGUGGGCCACGUUUAAAAAGAUGUGUUCUCGCCGUGGUUUCACGGCGAACAUGUGUCCCGUUUUCUUGUUCAAUUCAACGCAGUCCCAAUUCCUCACCUUCCUCGCAUUGGCGCCCCACCCGCCCCCACCCCUGUGCGUG